UCAAUUUUCCAGCCGUUACCGACCUCCACCGCGUCACUGUCCGCUGCCCAAAGACUCUGAGGCGGAUCCCCCAACCCAGUGUCAGAUUGAUCCCCCUUGGCCCAAGGGUGAGGAGCCACAGGACAGUAUGUCCAAAGCGGCGGCCUCCUCGUCGCUGGAGGACUUGGACCUGAGCGGAGAGGAGGUCCAGCGGCUCACCUCCGCCUUCCAGGACCCGGAGUUCCGGCGAAUGUUCUCCCAGUACGCCGAGGAGCUCACCGACCCGGAGAACCGGCGGCGCUACGAGGCGGAGAUCACCGCGUUAGAGCGUGAGCGCGGGGUAGAGGUUCGGUUCGUGCACCCGGAGCCGGGCCACGUGCUGCGCACCAGCCUGGACGGGGCGCGGCGCUGCUUCGUGAACGUCUGCAGCAACGCGCUGGUGGGCGCGCCCAGCAGCCGGCCCGGUUCCGGUGGCGACCGGGGCGCAGCUCCUGGCAGCCACUGGUCCCUGCCCUACAGCCUGGCGCCCGGCCGCGAGUACGCGGGGCGCAGCAGCAGCCGUUACAUGGUCUACGACGUGGUCUUCCAUCCAGACGCGCUCGCGCUGGCCCGGAGGCACGAGGGCUUCCGCCAGAUGCUGGACGCUACGGCCCUGGAGGCCGUCGAGAAGCAGUUCAGCGUGAAGCUGGACCGCAGGAAUGCCAAGACCCUGAAGGCCAAGUAUAAGGGGACCCCGGAGGCUGCGGUGCUGCGCACGCCCCUGCCCGGGGUUAUCCCGGCAAGGCCUGAGAGGGAGCCGAAGGGUCCUCUCCCGGACUUCCCCUACCCUUACCAGUACCCGGCAGCAGCCGGGAACUCGGCCGCCCCCGGGCCCCGGGCGCCCUCCCCUCCGGAAGCGGCCUUGCAGCCCGCCCCCACCGAGCCUCGCUACAGCGUGGUGCAGCGCCACCACGUGGACCUCCAGGAUUACCGCUGCUCCAGGGACUCAGCCCCGAGCCCCGUGCCCCAUGAGCUAGUGAUCACCAUCGAACUGCCGCUGUUGCGCUCGGCCGAGCAGGCGGCGCUGGAGGUCACGGGAAAGCUGCUGUGCCUCGACUCGAGGAAACCCGACUACCGGCUGCGGCUCUCGCUCCCGUACCCAGUGGACCAUGGCCGCGGCAAGGCACAAUUCAACAAGGCCCGGCGGCAGCUGGUGGUUACGCUGCCAGUGGUGCUGCCGGCCGCGCGCCGGGAGCCCGCCGUCGCCGCCGCCGCGCCGGAAGAGUCCGCGGACCGGUCCGGAACUGACUGCCAGGCCUGCGCUUCCGCUCGCGAGGGGGAGGCGGGACCCGCGGGGAGUCGCGCCGAGGACGGAGGCCGCGAUACCUGCGUGGCUGGGGCUGCGGGCUCCGGGGUCACCACCCUGGGCGACCCCGAGGUGGCGCCUCCGCCGGCUGGCGCUGGAGAGGAGCGUGUCCCCAAGCCGGGGGAGCAGGACUUGAGCAGGCACGCGGGGUCAUCGCCGGGCAGCGUGGAGGAGCCAUCUCCCGGAGGAGAAAACUCACCUGGUGGCGGAGGCUCCCCUUGUUUUUCCUCCCGGGGCCUGGCCUGGGAUUCUUCUGCGAGAAGAGAGAGUGCGCGCGGAGAUAGCAGUGUGGAAACGCGCGAGGAGUCGGAGGGCACGGGCGGCGAGCGUUCAGCCCGCGCCAUGGGUGGUCCCGGGACCAAGAGCGGGGAGCCUUUGUGUCCUCCGUUACUGUGUAAGCAGGACAAAGAAACCUUGACUCUGCUCAUUCAGGUGCCUCGGAUCCAGCCGCAAAGUCUUCAAGGAGAUUUGAAUCCCCUCUGGUACAAAUUACGCUUCUCCGCGCAAGACUUAGUUUAUUCCUUCUUUUUGCAGUUUGCUCCAGAGAAUAAAUUGAGUACCACAGAACCUGUGAUUAGCAUUUCUUCAAACAAUGCAGUGAUAGAACUGGCAAAAUCUCCAGAGAGCCAUGGACAUUGGAGAGAGUGGUAUUAUGGUGUAAACAACGAUUCUUUGGAGGAAAGGUUAUUUGUCAAUGAAGAAAAUGUUAAUGAGUUUCUUGAAGAGGUCCUGAGCUCUCCAUUCAAACAGUCUAUGUCCUUAACCCCACCAUUAAUUGAAGUUCUUCAAGUUACUGAUAAUAAGAUUCAAAUUAAUGCAAAGUUGCAAGAGUGUAGUAACUCUGAUCAGCUACAAGGAAAGGAGGAAAGAGUAAAUGAAGAAAGUCAUCUAACUGAAAAGGAAUAUAUAGAACAUUGUAACACCUCUACAACUGAUUCUGAUUCAUCUAUAGCAGUUAAAGCACUACAAAUAGAUAGCUUUGGUUCAGUUACAUGCUUUCAACAAGAGUCUCUUGAUGUUUCUCAAAUGAUACUUGGAAAAUCUCAGCAACCUGAGUCAAAAAUGCAAUCUGAAUUUAUAAAAGAAAAAAGUGCUACUUGUUCAAAUGAGGAAAAAGAUAACUUAAACGAGUCAGUAAUAACUGAAGAGAAAGAAACAGAUGGAGAUCACCUAUCUUCAUUACUGAAGAAAACUACAGUUCACAAUAUACCUGGAUUUGACAGCAUAAAAGAAACCAAUAUGCAGGAUGGCAGUGUGCAGGUCAUUAAAGAUCAUGUGACCAAUUGUGCAUUCAGUUUUCAGAAUUCUUUGCUAUAUGAUUUGGAUUAAUUCUAUAUAAUUUCGGACUUUUAAAUAUUAAGGUUAAAAAAUGCCUGUAUCUAAAAUUGAUUCCGUUAACUGUUGUCUUAAAACUAAAGGCAUUAAAGUAUAAAAUUAAAAUUUGCAAUUUUUUAAAAAAAAUUGCAAUUUUGAUUCUCAUGGGGGAAAUUGGAGAUAAUUUUUUUUUUUUUGCCUCUGGAGUUUAAAGUUUCCUUAUGGAGAUAAGUUUUGUGAUUUCUGUAAUAGAUGUGUAUGUUUUCUAUUUGAGAGUUAAAACAUUUAGUUUUAAUACAACCUAUGUAUAUAUACUUCUGUGUUAAAUUUUGCUUUGUCAUUACUUUAAUAAAAUUUCAAAAUAUUCA